AUGACCGUGGGAGCAAGCCUGGGGGGCUUCCAGGAGGAGGUGAACCGGGACCCCUCGGAGCUACGGGACCGCCUGGGGGGCCUGGUAAGGUUUGGGGCGAGGGACGUCGAGCUCCCCAGCCGCGAGAUCCUGGACGAGGCCCCCAGCAGCCCGCCCUGGGAGGAGGUGCUGGUGGACAGGGUCAGGGCCAUGUCGGUGAUGGAGAAGAGCCUGGUGCUGGAGGCCGUGCGCCAGUGCCUGCAGGAGCAGAACCAGCGCAUCGGGAAGGAGGAGGCGGCGGCCAUCCAGGAGCUCCUCGGGUCCCUGAACCUGGACCUCAGGCAGCCUUUGGAGAAGAACUUCCUGUUCCACUUCUACGGGCUGAUGCUGAGGGAGAGCCCCGGCGGGGACGUGGUUCGGAAGCACCUGGCGGGCCUGCUCGAGCUGUCCCACGCGUCGGCCGGCCAGCGGGCGGGCAUUGCGCUGGCCGUGGGCAUCGCGGCCGCCACGCACAUGGAGCUGGCGUGGGCCCUCCUGGAGCACGUGGGCCGCACCAGGUUCCUCAGGUCCCCCCCCACGAGCUCGGCCAGCCCGGGGGAAAGGCACUCGAACCCCAGCUUGCACUGGAAGUGGGUGGGCAGCACCGCCCUGCUGUGCUACGGGCAGAUGGCCGCGCGGGCCCAGAAGCAGGUCCUGCCCUGGGUGGACAACAUCGCCUCCCGGAUGGUCUACUACUACUCGAGCAGCAGCUACGACCACAUCCUGAGGAAGAGCUUCCUGUCGGCGGCCAUCAUGCUCAUGAAGGCGCUCAAGAGGGAGAGCAGCGCCCAGGGCUACAAGUUCACGCAGACGGCGGAGCUGGUCCACUGCCUGCUGUUCGCCCUGCAGAAGGAGCCCGACUGCCUGGUCAAUCCUUUCCGGCAGAAGAUCAUACUGGUCAUCGCCGGGCUCAGCAGCCUGCGGCCCAGCCUCACGCCCAAGGUCAAGUCCACCAUCCUGCAGACCUGCUUCCAGAGCCUGUACCAGCUGCCGCCCAUAGAGUCACUCAGGAGCUGCUGCCCUCCCCUGAAGUCAGACCCCAUGGUGCUGUACCAGAAGGCCGCGCAGGCUCUCAACCUGCUGCUGCAGACCUUCAUCUUGGAGAACAAGAGCAUGGACGAAGUCUGCUUCCUCCUGCAGCACACGGAGCCCUGGCUGACGUCCGCCCGGAGCGAGGAGCGCGAGCGGGCGGUGCAGACCAUCUUCCUGCUCCUGAAGUGCGUGGUGGAGUGCGUGAAACUCACCGAGGAGGCCAGGCCCUCGGUGCUGGGCCACCAGAUAGGCCUGCUGAUGCUGCUGUGGUGGGACAGGGUGGAGUUCACCAAGAGCCACGCCCGCCUGUGCGUCUGCCUCCUCCUCCAGCUGCUGGUCCAGCAGAAGGGGAACAUGACGGAGUUCAUAUAUUUGAAUAAAAUGAAGAAUUUCGAAGAAAAAGUCCACAAAGACUUGGAUGUGACGUUCUACCAUUUGGUGCAGGCCGUGGACGACCACCUGACGGUGGCCCAGCACACGCAGCUCAUCCUCACGCUGCUGCGCGCGCUCUCCAACCCCAGGCACGCCGACAGCGACCUGGCCUCCCAGCUGCUGCUCAUGGUCUUCGAGGACCACAGCAUCAAGCCCGAGCAGGUGGCCGAGAUCCUGCAGGGGCUGUUCCAGGAGCUGCCCGCCAUCUCCUUCAAGAACGUCCAGCAGACGGUGCUGAGGGCGGUGACGGUGCUGGGCACCCAGCACACCCAGGAGACCGUCGAGGUGCUGCUGUCCCUGUGCCACCCCUCGGAGAGGCAGGUGGCGCCCCUGUGGAAGGCCCUGGCCAGCAACAACCAGCUGGCCCGCAAGGUCAUGACCCUGCUCUACAUCAAGCUGAAGCUGCGGCCGCCCCAGCUGCUGGUCAGGCUGUCAGAGCAGGCGGAGCUCAUGUCCAUGCUGGCCCUGGGCACCAUUUACGAACUCCUCUACAUCCGAGAGUACAAGGCCAUCGUGCACUGGGCCUUUGCCGGCAUCCUGCUGGGCCUGCUCACGCAGCUGCACUACCUGUUCGAGCUGGGCGUGGUCGAGAGCAUCCCAGAGCCCCAGGAGGACGUCCUGGACAUGAAGCCCCUUGGCCCCUGCAGCACGUGCCUGGAGGCCCUGAAGGGCCUCUUCUGGACCACCAACUACUGGGAGGUGUUUGCCUACCUCAAGCUGCUGAGGGGCUGGGAGCUCUUCGGGCACGUGGAGACCUACACUGAGGGGGUGACCCUGCUGGCCAGGGCCAUGGCCCACUACGACUGCGAGGUCAAGGCCGUCUUGGGGCAGGCGGUCAUCUGCCUCAAGAGCGCAGAGGAACGGGACAACAUCGUGGCCAUCCUCAUCAUCACAGAGUUUCUCAACAGCCAGGAGAUCACCCAGUACAUGACCCGGAAAACCUUGAACAAGUUCCUGACCCUGGGCCUGACCAACCCCAGCCAGCUGGUGCGGGCCCUGAGCCUGGCGGGGCUCAGCAGCGUCCUCAUGCAGCCCAAGAAGUUGCAGCUGCUCCGGACCCGGAUGUUGGUGCUGGUGGACAGCUUCCAGAAGCCCGAGCCCCAGGACCUCCUGGGCCUGAUGGAGAUCAUGGGCGACACGCUGCACCGCAUGGGCCCGCAGGGCGUCGGCGCCUGCAGCCUCAAGCUUGCGCAGCGCCUGCGGCAGCUGUUCGACAACGAGCAGGAGGAGGUGCGCGGAGGGGCCAUUCUCCUCUACGGGGACGUCAUCUACAGCGGCGGCCGGAAGUACCAGCAGGCGCUCAAGGGCCACGCCUUCCAGUCCCUGGUGCCGCUGCUCUUCCACCUGGCCGACACCUGCCCCCAAGUGGUCAUGAAGACCAAGUUCACCUUCCUGCGCUGCGCCAUCCUGCUCAACUGGGAGUUCCGGAAGCAGCUGUUCAGCAAGCUGGCGUGGGGCCGCGGCCUGAGCGCCGAGAGCGACAUCUUCAUGUGCAUGGUGGAGAGCAACUUCGGCAGCUGCCACCUGUUCCUGCUGCAGGCCGCCGUCUACCUGCGCAGCCCCCACAAGAACCUCAAGCGCACGGCCAUGAAGUUCAUCGGCGGCAUCCUGCAGGACUACUUCACCAACCUGUGCUUCUACCUCAAGAGGGGCGACAUGAAGCUCUUCCGGACCCAGUUCGAGGUGCUGAAGCAGGAGCACGACUCCGCCAGCCGCAGGUUCUACCGGAACUUCCAGCACGAGGUGGUGGAGCUGUCCCGGUACGUGAGCCAGUGAGCGGCCGGGCCUGCGUGUGCCGGGCAUUCUCUCUAUUAAAGUGGACCGAGUCCCA